AUGUUUUCAUCGUACCGUUAUGGCUUUUCCCUAGGCAAUUGCAUCUUGGACUUCAACACAUUCCCCUACGAGCCAACAGGCAUAUGUACAAGCGAGGACGACGACAGGCUAUAUCUCUGGGACGCGAUCUACACAACCCGGUGUUGCCGCAACGCCCUCACCGCAGCGGCCAAGGCCUUAGCUCUCAACAUCAAUGCCACAGCAACACCAACAACCCUGUUCCUCCCACAGCCGCAAUGGGCCAACUGCACAGGCCCCUUCUCACGCCAGCCCUCCGUCUCCCUCCAAGGCUGCGGCCUACAGAACAUGUUCGCCGGCGGCAGCCACUUCUCCACGCUCCUCUACCUGCCAACACUCCUCCAGAGCAAGGUGUACGAGGCGGCCGUUCGGAACUGCUCAGGGUUUGACGGCGGAGGGUUCGAUGGGGUGUGCAGUGGAUGUGUGACGGCUGUGGCGGCGGUGCGUGGGGCGGUGAUGGAUGAGUUUGGGAUUCGGAGGGAGGAUAAGAAUGAGAAUGCUGCUAUUGGGUUUUCCGCCGUUGUGGCGGUUGCCGCCGGGAGGAUUGGGAAUUCGACUGAUUUUGAUGCCAUUUUUCAAUGCUUGUCUGCUUCCGACACAUUGAUUUCUGGCUACUUCAAAAUCAAAGAUUCGGUAGCGAAGGCCUUAGUAUCUGCCAUAGUAGGUGUGCUAGUUCUACUACUCAUUGUCCUUCUAGUAAAGCAUGCAACCAAGAAGAACAAGAAAACCAAACCAUGUGCCUCGAAUGACACAUCGAUAUGGUCGGGACUAUACCGGUUUACAAAGGAUGAGAUCAAUAAGGCACUCGACUUCGGGAACGAGAGGACGAGUCUAGGUCGGGGUAGUGCCGGGCAAGUGUACAAGGGUAUGCUACCGAGCGGACAGCUAGUAGCGAUCAAGAAGAUAUUUCAAAGCAACACUUCAGAUUCAUUCAUUAGAGAAGUUGAUGGGCUGUCUAGGGUUAGGCAUCCCAAUUUGGUGUGCCUCUUGGGAUGUUGCAUUGAGAAUGGGGAGCAAUAUCUUGUGUAUGAGUAUUGUGAGCAAGGCAACCUGGCUCAGCAUCUCAUGAGAAAAGAUACAUUACUAUCAUGGGAAACAAGAGUAAAGAUUUUAAGACAGUGUGCCCUUGCACUAAGGUAUCUUCAUCAACGUGCAGAUGGCUGCAUUGUCCAUAGAGACAUUAAGCUCACGAACAUACUUUUGACUGAGAAAUUAGACGGGAAAUUGUCGGAUUUUGGGUUGGCAAGGAUGUUGGGAAUGGAUGAGACCAAAGUGUUCACAGAUGUUAGGGGAACCAUAGGGUAUAUGGACCCUGAAUACAUGAGCAAUGCCAAGCUCACUUGUGCAAGUGAUAUCUAUAGUUUUGGCAUUGUGGCUCUUCAGCUUCUAUCAGGUCAAAAGGUCAUUGAUUUGGAUCUUGAUGCAAGAGAUCAAUUAACAAGAAAGGCUAAGGAUGUAAACAUGGGGUUACGACCAUUGAGUGAUUUUGAAGAUCCAAGACUAAAAGAAGACGUAAACAAAGCAGACUUUGAAUCCAUUUUACAAGUUGCUGUUCUUUGUGUAGCCAAAUCAAGCAAGGGUCGACCCACCAUUGACAUUGUUUUUGAGGAAAUGGACAAAGUCUGGCACAACACACAUGCCAACAAGGUGGCAAAGCAACAAAUGACCUCACCUGCAACUUCAUUGUCUAAGCCAUGGGAGGCGGUUCCAGUUUGA